GGUGCUUGGACACCGGUAUUAAUUGCAAAUAUCUUCCUUCGCGUCGCGGUCGGAAUCGAAAAGUCCGUGAUAAUCGCCGGCCAGGAUCUGGCUCAGUAGUCCCCGAAGUAUCGCGCCCCGGGGACUCCGUGCCGUUAGGGGGUAAUGUCAUCAACUCGCCAUUUUCGAGUAUGGGGAACAUCGGCAAAGAUAAUUCUUCGAUUACUUCCGGGGACCAUGGUCAAAGUCUCUUACCAGGGGCAAGUGCCCAAAAUGAAUUGGAUCCUGAUACACGACUCGUCCGUCAAUACUAUGAGAACUUCCAUUCAGCACACCCUAUCCUGGUCCCAGCAAAUGAAUAUGAAAGACGCGGGUACCCGGAAUGCCUGCAGCAAGUGGUCCGGUUUAUUGGAAGUCAUUAUUCGUUAUUAAUAUCUAGUGAAUCGUUGCGGGAAUCCACGGCUGUCCAAUUGAGCUCCAAUGACACGAGAUCACCAUCGAUGGUGAAGGCCCUCCUACUCUAUUCGAUAAUUCUAUACGCCCGCGGUGAGAAUACAGAAGCCCAAACAGCGUUCUCACGAGCGGUCGAUGGUGCGUUGGAGCUCAGAAUGCACCGCAAAGAAUUCGCGACAAUGUAUUGUGACGGCCAGGAACUUGAAGCAGAGAGCCUACGACGGACAUGGUGGGAACUCACGAUUAUGGAGAUCUACAUGGCUUCUUCUCAAAAGAAGAUAGCCUUGCGAUGUGGUAGUAUCGCCCACGAUGUUGGACUUCCUUGUGAGGAAUCAAUAUAUGCAAACAGCCAUACCGUUCCCCCAGCACCCUCGUUUUCUAGCUUUAGCCGACGCAUGUUCUUAGACGAUGACGGUGAUACUACUAAUUCCCGAUAUUCAUCAUUCAGCUAUCGCAUCGAUGCUGCAUACAUUCUAGCGCGAGUACUCGUGCUGAACAGUCUGGGCGAAACGCAUCGAGAUCACCUACAAGCGGUCGAGAACGCACUUGUCAGCUGGACAAACCACCUCCCGCCUAAUAAGGUCGAUAUCGUGGAUACAUAUGGCGUUGUUGACGAGAUGUUAUUCCAAGCACAUACCAUAAUUCAAUACGCUGCCAUGCUCCUACACCUUCCCCGGAGUAACAUUCGACCAGCCGUACCGGACGCUGGGACUGUUACCUGCCCGAUCACUCCUGCUCGCCUGCCACCGUCGUUUACCCGCCAUGUACACGAUAUCAAGGCUACAGAAGCAUCAAAGCAGCAGUCUAAUCUAUUGUCCAUGCGCCCCAACGUUCAGAGAUAUAGCCCGUUUAUCAUCUGCAGCCUCGCCCUGUGUGGUCUAGUCCAGCUAGCCACUAGUCGAAUCCAUUCGCCCGAAUGCUCAGAGCAUCAUCGCAAUCGCGUCGUUCUCGUCCUCGGAUGUCUCAAAGUUCUAAAACGGAAUUGGUCUAUCGCACAACACGCAUAUCAACAUGUCCGAGAAGCAGCGGCGGAGACAUUUGCUGCCUCGUCUGGACCUUCUCGGUGGUUUCAGAGUCAUGGUAGUAGUAAUUCCUCUGCCACUUUGAAGAAUGGUCCUGCCAGUGGACGCUUUUCUGUCGAAGGCCCUGAAUUGCUCAACGUUGGUGGAAAUCUUCCUGCAAUGCCUCCGACAAAUACAGAGGGGCCGGAUAUGUUCUCCCCGGGGCUUUUGUCGGCGUACAUUGAUCCCACUUGCAGCGAUCCGUCAUUUUUAAAUAAUAUUUUUGACAUGGAGUUGACAUAGCGUGUGGGCUUCAGUGUUAAAUGCAUAUUUAUAAGAACCAAUUGCAUAUCAAUAGCUCGAUUCUUGAUGUAUAUACUUUCAAUAAAACAUUUUGUCAGUC